AAGAUGUAUGCGCCACAUCUAUACCAUGAGCGCAUUGCUCCUAAAAAGUUGUAAUGUGCGCUACACAGGUCAUAUUAUCUCUGCUGCUCUCACACUGCGAGCACCAUCUGACCCUACAGUUGUAACCCUGUCCACUUUCUCACACUCCUUUGCAACUUCGAGAAACUGCUUUCUGUCCCGCAGCUCUCCAUCCCACCCUGACCUGCAGCUGUGGAGGUUGCCGUGGAGACGAGAGGAGGGGUCCAGGUCGGCCUCCAGCCCGAGAGGAGAGACCUCGAUCUGCUACGUGAGCAGCGAACACUGCUACCAGAAACCAGGUGCAUCAUGGGAGAAAUCCGAGGAGAGAGACAAGGAGACGCAGACGGUGGUGGUGAAGCAGGAGCAGGAGGAAAUAAAGCUUGAAGAUGUGGAGAUGGGACCAGCUGAUGCUACAGCAGAUGCACACUCAGUGACACACACAGACACACCGCCCCGCAUAAAGGCAGAGAGCCACACACACACUGCGGAGCCUCGUCCAGCGUCCGAGGCCGAGUGUCAGCUGAACCUGCUGGAGCACGUGGAGACGCUGCACCAUCAGAUCAGCGCCAGGAUGGACCUGAUAGAGCGGGAGCUGGACG